GAGACUGACCACAGUGCGCACACACACACACACCGCCACGACCACACACACUCACACAGGCAGCAGGUGUGUGUGAGGGAGAGAGAGAGAGAGGUCAGUGCGGGGCGAGUCGAUACUGCAGCGUUCACUCAGAACCUCAGUCGUCGGGGUCAGGGGGCAUCGCCAUGGCGAUGACAGCUCUGUUCCGGGGUAAGUGGGGUCAGAAGGCUGCGGAGCCGGCGUCCCCCAAACCCCCCGCGGCCCCCACUCCUGUACCGGACGAAGACGAGGAGGACGAAGAGCAACUGACCAGAGCACCAAUCCGCCGGAACUCCAGAUUCUACCGCAGCAUGAGGAGAAAGAAACUCCAGUCAUCAUCAUCAGAACAACAACACAGCCCCUCCCCGUCCUCAAGAUCCCACGCAGACUCUAGUCGGAGCACAGCGGUCAGCAGAUCUCCCCUCUCACCCCGAAACCACCGCGAUGGGGCGGUGGGCGGAGCCUCCUCUUGGUCGCCGGUAGCGACGGGAGAUUGGCGGCUCAGAGGAGAGAUGGAGGAGCUGAGCGUUCGGACCGGAGCCUGCAGCGUGCAGGACCAGCACACACACUCACUCAGCACAGACAACAACACACUCAGGUUAGUGCAGAGCGGAGAGAGCGGGAACACUCUGGAAAACUACAGCUACAGUUUAAACAUUGUGAAGAGCGUCCCGUUCCUGUAUCAGGAAUAUCGGGACACGUCGGAGCAGCAGGAGAUCGAACAGCGGCGGCAGAGGGAUGGCCUACCUACAGCAGGGCUGGGGUCGGGGUCAGGGGUCACGGUGGGCUCAGGCGUCACAGUGGGGUCAGGGAUGAUAUCCCCUCCUGCCCUGCAGCUACAGCUGAGGAACACAGGGCGGUCGCUGAGCCUGUGGCAGAACCUGGAGGCCGUGCAGAACAGCGGCCUUCUGAAUAGGCUUACACAGCAGGAGGUCAUCCUGCAGGAGGCCAUGUUUGAGUUGGUGACGUCUGAAGCGUCGUAUUAUAAAAGUCUUGAGCUGCUGGAGCAUCACUUCCUGCAGAACUCGGACCUCAUCAACAGUCUCAGCCAAUCAGACAUGCACUUCCUGUUCUCCAACAUCGCUGACGUCAUGAAGGCAAGCGAGAGGUUCCUGAUGGAUCUGGAACACAGGAUCGAAGAGUCUCUCCUGAUUUCAGACGUGUGUGAUAUCGUUUAUCACCACGCUGUCGAGCACUUCCACGUCUUCAUCAGCUACGUCAUCAACCAGGUCUACCAGGAGAAGAACUACCGCCGCAUACUGCAGGAGAACGCUGUUUUUCGGGAGACCAUGGCUGCCCUGGAGAACCAGCCGAAGGUUAAAGGCCUGUCAUUCACCUCCUUCCUCAUCCUCCCCUUCCAGCGAAUCACACGCCUCAAACUGCUGGUGCAGAAUAUUCUGAAGAAGGUGGAGGAGAACACAGAGAGCGAAGUCAACGCCAUAAAGGCUCACCAGGAAUUAGAGCGGAUUGUGAAGGAGUGUAACGAGGGAGCGAGAAAGAUGAGCCGCACUGAGGAACUGAUCAGCAUCGAGAAAACACUCGAGUUCAAAUCAAAGUCAGUUCCCGUGAUCUCUCACUCACGCUGGCUCCUGAAGAAGGGCGAGGUUCUGCAGAUGUCCGGGCCGAAGAGCACCCGAACCAUGAAGAGCCGAAAACUUUACCACCCCAUCUACCUGUUCCUUUUCAACAACCUGCUGCUCAUCACCAAACGCAGCUCCAAUGGGGAGAAGUUCCAGGUGCUGGACUCGUGCAGCCGCUCGAUGUUGCGGACGGAGGACCUGGAGGAUCAGGGGCAGAUGCUGGCCUUCGUCUUCGUUCUCAAACUGCUGGAGAACCAGGAGGACAGACCAGUUAGCUACAUGCUAAAGACUACCAGCAUGAGUGAAAAGCUGAGGUGGAUCUGUGCGCUCACACCAAACCGCCGAACACGAUUCCUCUCAACCAGCACACACCAACCAGACUCUCCGCAGGUUCAGUGUAUUCAGUCGUACUCCGCUCAGGAGCCUGAUGAGCUCUCUAUAGAAAUGGCCGACGUCCUGCACAUCCUGGAGAGAACCGACGAUGGUUGGAUGAUGGGGGAGCGUCUGCACGACGGCGAGCGCGGCUGGUUCCCUUGCCGCGUGGUGGAGGAGAUCCUGAGCUCGGAGGUCCGAGCCCAGAACCUGAGGGAGUGCCAGAGGAUUCAGCAGGCCCAGGGUGGGCAACAGGGGGGCACCAGGGCCGCCUCCAGGGGGCGCCGCGCCACCAAAACGGCACUUUACAGCCCUACCUGGGUCAACCAAUCAGAGCAGGAGCAGUGAGGGGCUCCACCGAUGCAGACUGGACACGGUGACCUUUGGCCUGAGAAUUAGCUGAUUAGAGACGACACGUUCCACCGAAUUAAAGCGCAGGAGGCUUCUGCGGAUAUUGUUCUGUCUCAGGUACUCACUGGGGGUCAAAGGUCACGGCUGGAGGAAUGCCUGCGCAAUGAGGCUCAAGUGGGAUUCUUAUUGGAAUUUGUCCGUUCCGCCUUAAAUGGUGAGGCGCCAGAAUGUAACUGCCGCACCAUUUAAGGCGGAACAGACGAAUUCUAAUAAGAAGCCCACUCGAGCUGCGUUUCUGCGCGUUUUGUGUUUUAAUGGCUGCUUUUACGAACCAUUCAGUUCUUCACAAACACGUUCAGCAUGAAAACAACCUCACUCUGUUUACGGGAGCUGCUGUCAUGAAGGAACCAGAACAAACGAGCGAACAGAAGACGAAUGAACGAAGCAGGAAGUGUCGGGACUUUUCUAAGGGUCGGACUCCAGUCACCCCUGAGUGAGGAGCGGCUGGUGAGAGUGAGCAGGUGUGCACUGUAUUAUACGAGCCUCGGCGUCUCGCCCACCGACCAGGUUUUUAAAGUACUGGCUUUGUGUUUUAAUCGUCUUUGGUGAAUGUUUUUAUUUCCUGAGAAGCUGCAGGUUUUGCACGUCCUGCAGCAGAUUAAUAACAUCAAUACGCGCAUGUAACCGCGUAACACGCGGCUGAAGAGUAGUAAACCUGCACAACCAGUCUAACCAAUUAAGUGCUUCCCAACUGGAAUGCAGCCGGAAAUAUGCAGCCGGAUCGGUGUGACGUGUAUGUGUGCUUAUUUUCCUGCAUGGUCAUGUGUGCCGUACAAUGUGCAAUAAAAAGGUAAUUGCCAAAAUUUCUGUUUUGUAAAGAAUAAUUUAUUGUUAAUGACGAAUAAACCUUGAAUGCUGA